AUGUCGCAAGAAGACGUCAAAACCGAUAUCUCCCGCAGCAGCAACGAGAAAGCUCAUCCCGAGAACCUCGAAAACCCAUCUCUAGACAUCCAUGGCCUCCCACCAGAUCCCGAUGCGCAUAUGAGCGCCGAGGAGAGAGCUGCAAUUGACCGCAAACUCCUCUGGAAACUCGACCUCACGCUCAUCCCCUGGCUCUGCAUCCUCUACCUCCUCUCCUUCCUUGACCGCACCAACAUCGGCAAUGCCAAGAUCGCUGGCCUCCAGAAAGAUUUGAGUAAUAUGUCGACGGGCCAGUAUAAUGCUGUGUUAUCGAUUUUCUUCGUCUCGUACUCGGUGUUUGAACCGCUUACGAAUAUUUUGCUGAAGAGGUUGAGACCGUCGGUGUUUAUACCGCUAAUUAUGGUUUUAUGGGGGAUUUGUAUGACUUUCAUGGGGUUUGUGCAUAAUUGGUCGGGGUUGAUGGCUGCGAGGUGGUUUCUUGGUCUGGCGGAAGCUGGAUUAUUUCCAGGUAUUAAUUACUACCUAUCAUGCUGGUACAAAAGAUCUGAAUUCGGUAUCCGCGCAUCGAUAUUCUUCUCAGCAGCCGCAGUCUCAGGUUCUUUUGGUGGUUUACUCGCAGCCGCAAUCAACAAAAUGAAAGGAAUCGGCGGCAAACCCGGCUGGGCCUGGAUUUUCAUCCUCGAAGGUCUACUAACCGUCCUGUUCGGCAUCGCCUCCAUCUGGAUGGUCCACGACUUCCCCGACGAAGCCACCUUCCUCACGCCCGUCGACCGCGCACGCGUCAUCCGCCGCCUGAAAAUGGACCAGCAGUCCUCCGCCGAACACGAAGAGUUCAAAAUGAAAUACGUCUGGAUGGCCGUAAAGGACUACAAGAUGUGGCUCGGCAUGGUCAUCUACAUGGGCUGUGACAUGCCGCUCUACGCGUUUAGUCUUUUCCUCCCGAGUAUCAUCACACAGAUGGGAUAUACCUCCACCCGCGCACAACUCCUCAGUGUCCCGCCCUACGCUCUCGCAGCCUGUGGCACCAUCGCUGUAGGUUAUAUCGCCGACCGCACCCGCCAGCGCGGUCUCUGCAACAUCGUCGUCUCCUUCCUCGGUAUCGCUGGCUUCGCAAUGCUUCUCGCCUCCGACGACCCGCACGUCAAGUACGCGGGCACGUUUAUCGGCGCGCUCGGUAUAUACCCGUGUAUUUCGAACACCAUCUCCUGGGUCUCCAACAACAUCGAAGGGACGUACAAACGCGGUGUUGUCCUCGGUUUUGUUAUCGGAUGGGGCAAUCUGAAUGGGAUUGUGAGUAGUAAUAUUUAUCAGAAGAGCCCGUAUGUGAGUGGUCAUUCGACGGUUAUGGCGUAUAUGAUUGUGUGUCUUUUGGGAGGUAGUCUGGUGUUGAGAACUAUGUUGGCGAGGGAGAAUAAGAAGAGGAGGGCCGGGGAGAGGGAUGCGUGGGUGCAGGGGAUGACGUAUCAGGAGGCAGAACGCCUUGGAGACCAAAGACCUGACUUCUUCUAUACGCUUUAA